UGUAAAUGUGCCCAAAGUUCAUCGCAAAUUAAAAACCUAAUAGAUGCUUUUGCCAUAAUUAACGGCCCAUGUGUGCGUGGAUGGGUCAGGAGGUAAUAUCUGCGCGCAAACAUGCACGUUUGUCCAUGCGCCUGCUGCGUGUGCGCCCCUUGGCCGCGCUAAUGUGCCCCUUCUGUGCGUGUGUGUGUGUGUGUUUGUAUGUAUAACGUGUGUGUGUGUGUGUGUGUGUGUGUGUGUGUGCACGUGCGUGUCUAACAGCCACGCUGGAAGUCGCCCCCCAUGUGGCCGUCGGGAGUGGGGAGCAGGCAGCCCUGCCCGCGGGAGUCGGCGCUGCGCAGGGCGGCCAUCAGCGGCAACAUCAACGCCCUACCGCCGCACCACGUCCCCACCGGUCGCAGCGUCCGGGUCUUCAUCUGUGCCAACCCCGACGACACAGAGGCAGAGAGGAACGCACUGAAAGAGCACGUCUACCCCAAACUACGAGACUUCUGCAGGGAGAACUAUGGGAUUGAAUUCCAGGUGGUGGACCUGUACUGGGGCGUAGAUCCGGAGGAGUGGGACAGUCCGGAGUUGCAGCGACUGAGAAUGAAGCUCCUGGAGGAAUGUCUGAAGACCUCAGCGGGACCGUGUUUUGUUGGUCUGGUGGGAGAGAAGUACGGCAGCAUCCGAGUGCCGGGGGAAGUGGAAUCAGCGGAGUUUGAGAUGAUCUUGGAUGCAGCUGUGGAGGCGGGGCUGGACACACACAUCUUGGAAGAGUGGUACUGCAGGGAUGAAAACUCUGUGCCACCCGCAUACUACCUCAAACCUAAAGCCCAAAUGCUUAAGAACUACCAGAACUCUAUGGAGUCGAGCAGCGCAGCCAAGACCAAGAACGACAAGGCCUGGAGGAAUGUGUCGGAGGAGAUCAAGAGGAUCUUCCGAACAGCGGUGCUGCAGCUUCAAGAGAAGGGGACCAUGAAGAGCGCUCAGGCCAAGAAAUUCCUUUGCUCUGCCUUGGAGGAUGAAUUAGACUUUGCCCUUGGGAAACAAACUCCUGCCUUUCUCAGGAAAUGUGUCUGCUACAUUCGCAAGAUCUCCAACUUCGACCGCUUCGCCAAACUCCCCGAGAUGGCCCGCUACAUGGACAUCGUGGUGAGCGGCGACCGCAUCAUGCGCAACCAGGAAGCCUACGAGCGCCUUCUGAAGGUAAGGGACGAGUUCAUCCCGACGGUCGUCGCCGCCUCCAACCUCCGCGUCUAUUCUUCUGUCACUCACUGCGACAUGAAGCUGGGCUACUCCCAAGAGGUGGAGAGCCACUACGUGGAGGGUCUGUGCAAGCAGUUCUACGAGGACAUGGUGGAUAUCAUCCAGGCCACGGUCCAGCAGAACUUUGACACGGAGACUGACCCGCUGUACGACGAGAUCCUGCAGCACCUAUCUCUCUGCAAGAACUAUGCGGCGCUCUACGAGUACAAGGCCGAGUCGUUGGAUUACGUGCAGGAGUAUCUCAUGCCGUCCAAGGGGAGCAGGAUGAGCCCUCUGGUGGUGUACGGCGGACCCUGCACAGGAAAGACACUGCUGCUGUCUGAGGUAGCCCAACAGGCCUACACAUGGCUGCAGAAAGAGAUGGGCCCUGAAACCGACCCUGUGGUCAUUGUCCGUUUUAUUGGCUCCAGCCAGCUCUCCACAGACCUGCGCACCCUCCUCCAGAGCAUCUGUGAACAGAUUGCAAUAAACUACCGCUGCCUGAUUCACUUUUUGCCUAACAAGAUCCAGGAGAUGAGGGAGCUCCUGAUCAACCUUCUAGGGGAAUCCUCAUUCCACAGGCCCUUGGUCAUUGUCCUGGAUGCCCUGGAGCAGCUCUCAGAUGCCGAUGAAGCUCGCAAGCUGUGGUGGCUCCCUAUACACCUGCCUCGGACAGUCCGCAUUGUAGUCUCAACGUUGCCCAAUAAACAUGGCAUCCUACAGAAGCUCAGACAUCUCAUCCAUGAUGAGGGCUAUUAUGUGGAAUUAAUUCAGAGGGACCGCAAGGUCUGCAGCCAAACUUUAAAGCAGCAGUUGCUGGGGGUGAAGAGGAAAGUCACCUCAGGCCAACAAAUCUAUGUCAAUGAGGCACUUGCCAAGUGCACAUUACCUAUGUUUGUCAACCUCAUCUACAGAGAGGUCGUUCACUGGAGAUCUCACAAAGACGUGGAUGACAGGUCCCUGUGCUCCACAGUACAUGAAAGCAUCGAGCACCUCUUCUACUCAGUGGAGAACAAGUUGGGCCAACGAUUUGUCUUCAGAGCAUUAGGGUACAUCACCAUGGCCAAGGCUGGACUAACUGAGGUCGAGCUGGAAGAUAUUCUGUCCCUGGAUAACAUAGUUCUUGGUGAUGUUAUUGUGGCAACUUACCUCAAAAACCCUUUGAGGAUUUCUUACGACUUGGUUGCGAGACUCAAGGAGGAACUGGAGGGAUAUCUGGUGGAACGUCAAGUACGUAAUGUCACCCUGAUGGUCUGGGCCAACAGACACCUGCAUCUCAUUGCUCAGAAGCUUUAUCUUAGCAAUGAGGAGGAUGUCCAUCAAAUGCACAGCCUCCUUGCUGAGUACUUCCUGGGGGCAUGGUCAGGAGGCAGAAAGAAGAUCUUUACUUAUGAUAACAACCAUUUCACUUCCCUCAACAUAUCUCAUCACAAAAACCCCCACCAUCAACAGUCCCAUGAAAAACCAUCUUCUGACAAGUACUCAUAUGACAGACAGACUCCUGAGCAGCCUUGGGUGUUCCAGUGCAACCUUUUGGAGCCUGACAUUUUCUUUGUCAAUCACAGAAAGAUGACAGAGCUGGUGUACCACCUUACCAGGAGUGGGCGCACUGAUGACCUCAUGUUUGGCGUCAUCAUGAACUUCAGCUGGCUUUACACAAUGAUUAAGAUUGGCCAGUUUGACAAGGCUUUAACUGACAUUGACCUAGCUUACAGCUACACCCAAGAAAAAGAACUGAAGUUCCUUGCCACCACUUUGCGUAGCAUCAAGGUAAAAGUGCUGAAGAAUCCAGCAUCACUGUCUGCAGAACUGCAGCAAAGGCUUCUGCCAGUUGUCACCUCCCUCCCCAAGCUCAGACACCUACUGCUGGAGUGUGACAAGGAUGGUCCAAAGUACUGCUCCAUUGUGCCUCUCCACUCCUCUAUGGACGUCACCUACAGUCCAGAGAGGCUUCCUCUGUGCUCUAGCUACAUGCAGAUUGUGGAGAUCUUGCCCACUCUGGCUCCAAACAUAGUCCUUGUAGCCCUGGAAGAUGGGUCUGUCAGCACCUGGGAUGUAGAGAGCAGACAACUACUACGACAGAUCGACACAGCCAGAUCUGUUGUGCUGGGAAUCAGGCUAACCACUGAUGAAAAGUAUCUGGUCGUGGCCACAACCAAAAACACGCUGCUUAUCUAUGAUAAUCACAAGUCCUGCCUUCUAUCUGAGGUCGAAAUCAAGGGGUCCAAGCAUGGUGGCAUCACAGGUGGGGUGGCCUUCAUCAAUGGUUUUACUUUGUCCACCCAUCAUGCUUUGGCUUGGCUUGAGGCUAGCAAAGACGUCAACGUCAUUGACUUACUCUACGGCUGGCCACUCUACCAGUUCCAUUGCUGGUACGAGGUAACUUGUGUCCAGUGCUCUCCAGAUGGAAUGUAUGCCUUCUGUGGCCAGUACCUCAACACUGCAUCCAUCUUUCACCUGGGAAAUGGGGACAAGUUGGCCACUGUGACCUCUGAGUUUUCUGGGGGGUUCGUCAAGUCCAUCCUUGUGCUGGACACCCUUAACCAAAUGGUGAUGAUUGACAAUGAAGGCAGUUUGUCAGUAUGGAACACCAAAGAGAUCACCAACCCAAGGCUGAUGGAGGAUUAUGAUUGUAGAGGGGAUGAGAGUGAGGUGGUGGGCAUUGAGUUAUCAGAGGACCAACGCUCCAUUCUCAUUUGCAAGGCCAGAAGUAUUGAAGUGCUGGAUACAAAAGUAUGGAAAAUGGUAGAGAAGUUCAAAGCUAAACGUAGUGAACGCUUUGUUGCUGCUGUUCUCUCCAAGAAUGGACAAAGUAUUGUGGCCUCCAUGGAGAACACUUCUUCCAUAUUUGUCUGGAGAAGGGACAGUGGACAGUGCAUGGCUAGCCUGAUUGAGAUCUCAGGGGCUAUUGUCAAACUCAUUAAAUCAGUCCACCACAAUCUGCUGCUUUCUGUGGCAAGCAGUGGAGUGCUGUCUGUUUGGGACAUUGAUAUCAUCACCGCCAUGUCCAAUAUCGACAAAACAGGCAAGAAGAUCCAGACCUUGCUGCUGUCCGGCAGAGAAGAUUACGUGUUUACCAUGGAUGGUUCAGAAGCUGUCCACAAGUGGAACUUCAGCACUGGCUUCAUUGAGACAGUCUUCAAGCAUGAGGGCAUAGUGGAGAACUGUGUCCUAACCUCCUCAGGGGAUCUCAUGGUGACUUCAGAUGACAAAUCCAGCCAGUACAUUUGGCAAACCACCACUGGAGAAAACAUCUUUCGCAUCAAUGGACAGAGAAUAUCACAGCUGCUCAUCACCCACAAUGACCAGUUUGUGGUGUCGCUCUGUGAGCAGAAUGCCUCUAGGGUCUGGAGGCUCGCGACUGGGCACAAAGUGUGCAACAUCUUAGUCACCCUCCAGAAUGCACUGAUCACCACAGCAAACACUUUCCUUGUGGGAACCUCCAAAAACAAGCUCCUCGCAGUCAGCCUGUGGUCGGGCAGUGUAUCAAAGAAGUUUGUCUGUGAUGAUGGUAUCACCAUCGUCAACUUCAAGCUCAUUCCUGACUGUCCCGACUGUGUGGUGUUCAUCACAUCCACAGAGACUGUCUUCAUCUGGAGUGUGGCAGAUGAGUCAGUUUGCAGGCGAGUCCAGCUGCCAGCCAACUUCCUCAAAAAUCUAGAGGACUUCCAGAUCUCACCCAAUGGGAAACUGGGAAUUGUCUCCAAGGGUGAUGAGAAUAUUAACGUCCUGGACCUUCACAGUGGGAAGCUGAGGCUUGUCCAUGCUGCUGGUAUAAUCUGGCGUCAGAAAUUAUCUAGAGAUGGACGUUAUCUAGUGUACGUCUGUUUCCGGAACUGUGAUGAAGAUGACGAUGCCGGUGUUGUGUCCAAUCUGAUAGUGAUGCGCCUUGCCGAUGGUAAGAGCAUUGGCACAUGCUCGCUUUACAAGACUCCCACCUUCCUGUCUCUCUCCCAGCGAGCACUAAACAUCAUCAUCGGCUUCGAAGACGGCAGCAUCGGCACUUACACUGUAGUGGAUCGUGUGGACGCUGCCCUCAAGAUAAAGAUAGCCACCUCCAACAGCCGACAGAUUGUCAACAACGCCUCGCAGAAGGUGCGGCCCAAAUGUGGCAACCAUUCCUUCAAGACCGUCGCCGACUGCAUUUGGAGGGAGUCGACAGAGGUGUUCUCCAGGGACAGCCCCAUCAAUGUGUCUGACUCCGGUGAAGGUGAGUCAACCACGCCUACAAAAAAGACUGAACUGCUGCAGUGAUAGGGGGAGAACAAAACAAAACAAAAAAGGCAGGUGGGAGUUAGGACAGGAGGGUGGAGAUAGAUGACAAAGUUUAGAAUCUCUGGGGUUGCAGUUGAUUCUUGUUUACAGCCACGUGAUUCAGCUGCAGAUGUCAGCCCUCUGGGUAGUUAAUGGGCCGACCAUUUUAACGCUGCACUCAAAUGAUGUAUUACUUCCAACUUAUGAUACAGUUUCUGUUUGUUUUACACAUGAAGACUGUUAGAAAAAUACUGUUUUUGAAAAGAAGAAAAAAUGUAAAAUCUGUGCGUUAUUAGUUUGCCAUUAUGUGUCCUUUUUGCAUUUGAAGAACAAAGUUAUUAUUCAAAUGUCUUGGUCAAACAUUUUCAAAGCCAUUCCAGUGAUCUUAGCCACUUUCAUUGUACAUUGUCUUUAUUUACAUUGUGCACAUUAAGCCAUAAUGUUGUUCUUGAAAGAGUAUAUUUAUGUUUGUAUUUACAUCAGUCGGUACUGUACAAAAUGGAAGAACUAUGAACAUAUGUACAUAUCUCUUUUUGGCUGCUGCAAUUUGUGCAACUCCUUAAAAAUGUUAUGUUGUGCUUAAUGCAAUCAAAGUGAGUGCCUGGAAAUUUAAAAUGUUCUUUAUGUGCAGAUUACAAGAUUUAUGAAAAUGCAGGGAAUUUGUAAACACAGUAUACACACAGUUACAUAAUACUUGCAUUGACGUUAAAUCUAAACGAUCAGUGCACUGAAAUCCAGUCAACAACACGAGAGAUAGAUGGCAUUGCUCUUUGUAAUGAUAGUUGUAGAAAUUUCUCAGAACAGUUUACGUAAAUUUGAUGUGAAUUUACCUGCGGUUCCAUCAGUUCAUGUGCUGUUGGUUUUAAGGGAAACACCACUAUUGAGCAUACAGUGUAGCAUAGCACCAUACACAUUCACGCCUUAACCAGUGUACUUGCUUUAGGUUUAGUGGAGUUUGUUCAAGUGUUCCAGUAGAAAAGGACAGAGUGAUUAGCCCAAUGUUUCACUGAAACAACUUGGCUGUGUGAAUAUAUUUAGAGGUUUAGACAGUAGGUGGAAGCACUUUAUGAGUGGUUUGUGAGAAAUUAAUAGAUUUAUUCAUAUAAAACGUUGUAUAAAUUGUUUAAAGUGGUCUAGAUUUGUCUUAAACUGGUAUUGGAUUUGCCUACAAAAAUACACAAGGCCAUCCAGGUACUUGCAGGCUACAGCUGACUCACUGAAAUGCUACAGUCUCUCUAUAUAUGCCUGGUAUCAGUAUAUCUGAACAAUUAACUGCAGAGACGGGCACAUUAGAAAUACAUGGGAUCAAAUAAGGGUCAAUAAGAUUUGUGCUGUUCGGACAUUCAGAAAAAAAUAAAAAUCAAAACUUGUGAUUGUAUAUCAGCUUCUGUAAACCUGUGAAGAAAUUGUUCUGUUGUCAGAAAACUUUGAAAAUGUCAAAAUUUGGGCACAAAUAAAAUGAACAGUCAGGCCACACUAAGAAAAAACUGCUUAUGUGAACGUCUGAGUCCAGAUUCAAAGCAGAAAACUGAAAUAACACAUGAACACACAUUUAAGUUACAGACAAAAUUUCCCUUUAAAUAUUCUUUUUUUAAAAAUUAACGUGUGCCUUCUGCUUUAAAUCUGUACUCAAGGAGCACCUUGGUGGCUGAAUUGUUACAGUGCAUGCCACAUUACUGCAACGUCCACAGUUCAAGUCUGGUCUGGGAACUUUACUGCAUGUUUCCUUUCUGCCUCUUUACUAUCAAAUGUCCAGUGAAGGCAAAAGAAAAAAAAGUCUUUAAAUAAAUAAAUCUGUACUCAGACGUUCACAAAACCAGUUAUUUUCUCUCAUUACUUUUGCCGAAUUUUAUUUAGACAUUCUCAAAUCUUUUCUUGCACAGUCGCAAACUUGAAUUUUUCUCGCAGAGUUUUGUCACAGGUUUACUCAAGUGAUGCACAAUGACAGAUUUUAAGAAUAUUUCAACAUCUCUUUUUGACCUUUAUCAUAUGUGAGCCCAUAGAUUCUGGCUGAUUAUGACUGAGGCUGAUACACACUACAAGCUGUUAAGAUCCGGUUCGCUGACAAUCUAAAGAGAAUAUUUGAAAAUCUAUGAGGUUGUACCUUGCAGGUAUCACGGUAGCUUUUUUAAAAAAAAAUAAAAGCAUGUCUGUAAUAACCCAAAACUUAAUUUGUGUUCUGCAACUUUGAGCUUGGAUGAGACCAAUCAUCUGCCAGGCAUGAUUGAAACAAAACCCCACACACCUACACCUUGACGUAUACUUUUUAAGGGCUAUUCCAUCUUAUUGUAUGUUUACUAGUUUUGAACUGUUGAGAUAAUGGCCCUUGGAUAAUUUCAAACCGGGUAGCAGCAUCAAGCUUUAAAAUACUUUUAAUCCCCCUACAGCUCAAGAGUUUCUCAAUUGAAAAAAGAUAUUCUAUCAUGUAAUUGCCAAAGUCCCAAUUAUAGUUUGUGUUUCAUUUUGUUGACUGUCUCAUUUGUUUUUGAGGCUUGUACUGUAAUUAUAUUGUUACCAAAUUGUUUCAGUGUUCUACUGUGAUUAUGUUAUGAUAGAGAAGACGUGCUAUCUUUGCUAAAAAGUUUAAAAAAGAGUCCUCUUAUGAAAUAUAUUGGAAUGCCAGUUUAAGAGUAUAUUUGAAUGUGUCCAUAUGGAAGCCAGUAAAUGGUAUUAUUGUAUGUUAAGUAACUUGAAUGACUUUUAAUAACUUACAUGUUUGCAACUCAUAGUUGACAUACUGGUAAUGAAUGUUUCUAUGGUAUUCUUUGUAUUGUCAGGACUGACUUACCUGUUUAGAGAUUUAUAUUUUCAUAAAUGUUGUACUUACAUUUUGUUACAGAGUUGUUUAACUGGAAUUCAAACAGAAAAGAAACUUAUGUCUGAAGCAAUAUGAAACUAGUGUGUAUGCAUUGUUUGUAUGAAACAUUUUAAUGUAAUAAAAUGGUUCACUUUUUGCCUCCA